AUGAGGCGUGGCCGUAUGCCCGUGCGACGUUUACGCCUUUUGCGUCUGGCCAGACGACUGGGACGAGCCCGGAAGCGACGGCAGACGAACCGAAUGACGUGGAUAUGGGCCAGGAUGAUGUCGUUGUGCGUAAUGCCCCUGCUUUACCGAAAAACCCGACGUUCAAGGGAUCCACGAAAGAAGAACGUCGAGCGUUUAUGGCCGCGUACAACCUGUACAUCAGCCAGACGAACGCUUUGA